UUACUGCACUGGAGACAAAGCAACAAACUCAAUUACCCUUCUGGAUCAAGCAUACGCUUUAUUUAACCAUUUCACAACCGAAACUCACUUAAGUAAAUCCCAUGUCACAAAGCAGAUUCCACAAAUGAACACAAGCUUUCUACCCUGUCCUAAAUGGAGGUCAAAUUAUCUGCUGCAUCUGGCCUUAGAAAUAACAUGCUUAUGUAAACAUCUGGAUUGAAGACUGUGGAAAAAGCUUCACCCAUGACUCUUGAACAUUAAAAAGCUGCUUUCAAAAGAGAAAGAUUUCUUUCCCUGCAGAAAAACUUUCUGCACAAAUGGAUGGAGAAGACUGCUUCUCACAAAAGGCUGAGGAUGUGAGCUACAAACACAAUGGCUCCAAAGAUAAUUAUAAGAGAAUAGAAGGAGGAACUUGUUUAAAAAUCGAAGGCAAAGAUGGCUACAUGUUGAAAUCAUACAGCAUUACUCCUCGGGAGAUUUUGGAUACACAAUCCCUUCCCUGUCCUUUAGAGACACUGAAUAAAGACUCUUCUUUGGUGCCCUUGUCAUUUGAGGGCACAGAGGAACAUCUGUCUUCUCAGGUAGACAGGCUUUCAACAGAGGAUUCAACAGUUGAAACUUGUGAAAAGCAUGACUCUCAAACCUCUGCAGCUAUUUCAAAUAAGAACCAGAGCACUGAAAUAAAUAAUUCAUUUGAAAGCAAACCGAGUGUAUGUAUCAAAGCAGAACCAAAUGAAACAGGUGAAAUCACUCAGGACAGUGAAAAGUUAUCUUUUGGUGGGGCCUAUGGCCCUUUUGCCUCCAGAGGUUAUGAAGAUGAAUAUGGUAGCUUGUUCAGUGGCUACUCAAGUACUCUUUAUGAUGUUGCAAUGGAUGCGGUCACACAAAGCCUUCUGUCAUCCAUUAGAAGCCCCCUUAACCCUAGAAAGAAAUCUCCUGCCUGGAACCAUUUUUUCAUAUCACCACGUGAUAGUACCAAAGCAAUCUGUAUGUACUGUAUGAAAGAGUUCAGUCGAGGGAAAAACGAGAAAGACCUCAGUACUAGUUGUUUAAUGAGGCACGUGCGAAGGGCUCACCCCACUGUUCUUCUGCAAGAUGUUGACUCAUUAAAUCAUUCUUCCAAUACUUCCUCAUCUUUAGUACCUCCUAGUAUAUCAGCAAACAACGGAGCAAUGGAGCAGUCUGGAAGCAUCAAGUCUACUAUAGACAACCAUACUUCACUGUCCAACAUUUUAGCUGAGGACACAGACAUAGUGUCCAAAGAGUCUUUACAAAAGGUCAAAUCAAAACCAGAAAAGAGUGUCAAGGGUUGCUCUAGCACAGUCUCAUCCCCUCAUUCCUUUAACAACCAUAAUGACGAUGUCAUAGACCUGGGGAUUGAAAGCCCUGGAUCGGUCCCCAAGAUCUCAAAUUCUCGGCGGCGCUCAGCAGUGUGGAAACACUUUUAUUUAUCACCUGCGGACAGCUCAAAAGCAGUAUGUAUUCACUGCAUGAAUGAGUUCAGUCGUGGUAAAAACGGGAAAGAUUUGGGAACAAGCUGCCUUAUUCGUCACAUGUGGCGGGCCCAUAGAGACAUAGUCAUUGAAGAAAAUGGACAGGGCUCAAGCAUUCCUCCACCCUACACCACUCCGCCAACACUAUUGUCAUGCACACAGGUUCAGGACUCUUCUGAGGUAAAAAAGGAACGCUUCUGUACCCCAGAUCCCAGUGAAACCAUAUUGGACGAAGUUCCAAAUGAUGACUGUGAGCACAUGACAAUUGAGGAGCAAGCAAAUGAUGCUACAUAUCAAUCUGUAAAAGAGUCCAUACUUGAUGCAUCUUUUGGACUGAAAAGCGAAAGCAUACCUCUGAUAUCCUCUCCAGUGGAGCAUAAGGAGGGGCAGAGCCUAUCCCAAGAUCCAAGCUCAAUUUUUCAGCAAAACAAGAAAAUAAUGAAACGGGUGAAAUCAGAAGUAUGGCAUCAUUUCAUUGUCUCUCCUGUCGACCAACUCAAAGCUUUGUGUAGGUAUUGUCCCUGUGUCAUUAGUCGCGGUAAAAGAGGGGACUUCGGCACAAGCUGUUUAAUGAGGCAUUUGAUGCGACGGCAUCCUGAUGUCCUCAAGACCCCAAAAAGCACAAGUGACAAAGAUACCUCACCCCAGUCACCCCAAACAACUGCUGCUGCAGAGGAAGGCAAACUAUCAAAUGAGAAGAACAUUCCUGCAGUUGAGAACAAACCCCAUGCCCUGUCUGCUUUCAGCAAAAAGACUUCAAAGCUGUGGAAUCACUUUUCUAUUUCCUCUGCAGACCCAACAAAGGUGGUCUGUUUGUACUGUAGCCGCACAAUUAGCAGGGGCAAAAAGACAACCAAUUUAGGCACAAGUUGCCUACUUAGGCACAUGCAGAGGUUUCAUGGACAUGUGCUUGAAAACAAUAGUUAUAUCUCAGGUGAUGUGUCAUCUGCUGAAAUUCAAGUGAAGCAGGAGCUCAUGGAUAUUUCUACUUAUGAGGAGAAUGCAGAGAAAUUCAGCGAAUGCCACCCAGUUGCCAAAAAAAUCACCAAACUCAUUGCAGAAAUGCUUGCACUGGAUCUUCAGCCAUCAACCAUAGUGGAGAAUGUUGGCCUGAACCGUUUAAUGGAAUACCUCCAGCCACAGUACUCUCUACCUUCAUCAUCCUACUUCACCAGCACUGCAAUUCCAGAAAUGUAUGGAAGUGUGAAAGAGGUUGUUUUGACUCACCUGAAGGAGGCUGAAGGUGGAAUCAUCCAUUUCACAACAAGUGUGUGGGUGAGCAGCCAAACUCAAGAAUACUUGAUGCUUACCGCCCACUGGGUUUCAUUUGAAUCGCAAGUUGUGCCUCAGGGGCAGGAUUUCCAUUGCUCGGCCCUUCUUGGUGUUUCCUCAAUUGACUGUGACUACAAUAUGCUAAACAUACAGAAGCAGCUUGAAGUUUUUUGGGACACCUGGAUUGGUUCCUCAGGCCUUAAAAUUGGAUUCACUGUAACUGAUAAUCAAACUAUUGGAAGCAUACUAGAGAGAAACCAUCAUGCCACCAUGCAGUGUUUUGGUCACAACAUAGACCUCAUUGUCAAUGAAGCCAUAAAAAGUCAGAGGAUGGUGCAGAACUUGCUCAGCAUUGCUCGAAAAAUCUGUGAGCGAGUACAUCGUUCUGCGAAAGCAAAGGAGAAGUUGGCAGAACUGCAGAAAGCUUAUAAGUUGCCUGAAAACCAACUGGUCCAGGACAUACCCUCUAAGUGGAAGACAUCCUAUUUCAUGCUUGAUCGAUUAGUAGAACAAAAAAAAGCCAUCGAUGAGAUGUCAAUCGAGUGCAAUUUCAGGGAACUGAUAAGCUGUGACCAAUGGGAAGUCAUGCAGUCAGUUUGCAAUGCCCUUAAGCCUUUCGAAGUAGCCUGCAGGGAGAUGAGUAAUCGCACCGCAACAUUAGGUCAGGUCAUUCCACUUAUUCACAUACUCAAUCGAAAGAUAGACAUGCUUUUUGACGAAACCAUGGGUAUUGACAAUAUGCUUAAGUCCUUAAAGGAGGCCAUGGUGAUGAGAAUGUCUCAUACGCUUCAUGACCCAAGGUAUGUAUGGGCAACAAUGUUGGACCCAAGGUACAAGACCUCACUCUUUACUGAUGAGGAGGCUGAGCAAUGCAAGCAAGACCUCAUUCAAGAGCUUGAGGUGUCUACCUCUGCAGAGAAUAAACCACCACUGUCCAAUGGAUGUGGUGAGAUACCAGCUUCAUCAAACAGCUCAGCCACCAACAAAGACAGCCUCUGGGCACUGAUGGAUGAUAUCAGACAGAAAAUAAAGCAAGAGGAGAGACCAAAAUCAUCAGAGCUAGCUGUGCUGGAGUAUUUGGAGGAGGACAUUCUUGACCAGAGCUGUGAUCCUCUGGAUUAUUGGAACCUGAAGAAGUUCCUGUGGCCCGACCUUGCCAAAGUAGCUGUACGCUACGUGGGUUGCCCACCCAGCAUUGUACCAGCAGACGCUCUGUUCAGCACAUCCAGUGUCAACUGUGCCCUGAAUCAAUCCCGCCCAUUGCUAGAAAAUCUUGAAGGACUCCUGUUUUUAAAGGUCAACCUUCCCUUGAUAUAUUUUCAGUACUGAUUACAUAUUUAUAAUUGCAAGACUGUUUCUUAGACUCAGAUGAGCCCCAACCAAGGACCAAAUCACUUUUCUGAGAAGGCCCAUUUGUCCUUAUUUUACAUUGAGGUUCAGAUUCAGCACAGUAUUUGGAUGAUGUAAAAGAAAAUUGCUUGGUGUGAGUACUACUGUUGAACACUUGAUAACUGGAGUUUUUCUUUUUCCUGGUGAAAAGUGUUUUCAGGGAGGGAGGGUUAGCUAGCUAUAGGGGUAGUUGUUUGUUGCUGUUUAGUUAGUAGUUGUUUUUUAAUGACAUAUUUGUCUUACCUUGUGCCUUAUACAAACUACUUCAGGUCAACAUGCUGUAAAUAUGAACUAAUGUUCAAAGCAACUCAGUCUUCUGAUGAGAUGAUUUUGUAAAAUUGAAACUACAUGCUGAAAACUGUUUUUAGUGAGCACAUGGCCCAAAAUAAAUGCUGUGACUAAGAGAUGUUUAAAUGUUUAUUUAAUUCUUUCAUUGUGAUUUUGUGUUUCAUGGUACUGUUAGAAUUAUUGUCUCUGCUGAUGAUUGUUUUUUUUUUCUUUUUUUUGUUUUUUUUUUACUGAUAUUGAAAAUAAUGUUGUACUUUCAGGUUGAGCAAUCUGUUUGAAAAUGCAUUUGUCUCUUAAGCACAACUCUUAAUCAAGUAAAUGUACUGUACAUUUUAUACAUUUUUGAAUUCAAUUUGAUAGAGGAAGCUUCAGACAGGAACCAUUUAAUUUUUUUGGUUAUUUGUAAAUAAAAGGUUUGCCCUUUUAAACCAAU